GACAGGAAGUGUUGCUGGCAGAAUACGGACAACCGGGUCGUGGUGAGUUGGAGGAACUGACAGAGAUGGCAGAUUUGUCGUUGUAUUUAACUAGUGUCAACGUUUCCCUGGGACAAACUAUGGAAACUGAAAAGAGUCCAGGAGGGACGACAGACUUUGAGAGUGUGGAGAUGGGAGACUCUGCGGGGAAUCGGGGGAGAGUGAAAGUCCCCCGAAGGACCAUCUACUUUGCCAGCGGAGAGACCAUGGAGGAGUAUAGCACUGAUCAAGAGGAGGAAGAAGAGGAUCCCGUGAAGAAAGAUGUCAUCCCUGUAGAUACGGCUAAACUGACGUGGGGUCCAUAUUUCUGGUUCCACAUGUGGAGAAUGGCCACCUCCACCAUCUCAGUGUGUGACUACAUGGGAGAGAGACUGGCCUCUCUUUUUGGCAUCACUACUCCCAAAUACCAGUAUGCUAUCGAUGAGUACUAUCGUAUGAAGAAAGAGGAGGAGGAGGAAGAGGAGGAGAGCCGUCUGUCUGAGGAGGCGGAGCGUCGGAUUGCAGAGCUGCGGGGAGGCGAGCAGGAUGCGUCUCAUCCCGCUACUGUGGAGCAGCCGGAGGCGUCCGGAGCAUCUUUUGUAAACAUCAGCUUUGAGCUUGAACCUGAGUCUCCUCUCAGUGCCUCAGACACCAACAGAGUCCCGUCCCCUCUUCCUUCCUGAAAACUGACAAACCUCUCUAACAUUUGCAUAUUUCUAUAUCAGGCAAAACCUUAAUUUACUUAGCUGGAUAGAUUAAUAAUAUUGUUAUUUUUCUAUGUUAUUUUAUAAGAUUAGAUCUUAGUACACAGUGCAGGGAUAAAUUAAAAGGGCUGUGGAAGUGGCUGCACUAGCCUUAUCUGUGAAUGUAAAUUUAUGUACAGUGUGCAAAUGUAUGCAAGACUGAGACAUGUAAUUUAACAAGAUAGACCAGAAUGGGACAACGCUCAACUCACUUCAGUUUUUUUUUAUCUAGACGUGGCAUAGGAAUUUAUUUGUAAAGUGUAGUAGAGCUGGAUAGUUGUUGACUUGCUGAACAAAUCACCAGGUAGUGAUGACAUCAGUAGCCGGAGCUGCUGUACUCUUAUUGUACUCUGCAUUUCAGCCUGUCGUUGCUUUAUUGUUAUGUCUGGAAUUAGGAAAUACAAGAAAAUAGCCUACAAGUUCAAUAAGUUAUGAAGAGGAAUUAGUGGCAUUGACUUUACUUAGGACAAAAAAUGAGGCCUAUUAAACAUCUGCUUAGACAAGACUUAACAGAAAAUGUACCAGUUUUGAAUCAUUGCGUUUCAUCAAAACAGUCAUUUAUAAGGUCAACAUGUCCAAAUACAUUUCACAACCCUUCCACCUCUGCCUUGUAUUAAGUAGUCCAUGAAUACCUCCCUGCUGUUUGAACUGGACACAUGUAAUAUCUGGGCCUCCACUCCUUUACUGUGAAUGAAUGGUCCAAUACAUGCAGAUUUGUUUGCUUUGGAUCUCUGUGUCAGGGCCAAACUAAGGGCUGGUUAGUACAAGAAGUCAUUUACUAGGUAUGAUGUUUAUACAUAUAUAUAUAUAUAUAUAUAUAUAUAUAUAUAUAUAUAUAUAUAUAUAAAGUGCUCCUAUCAUCCUAAUCUUCCAACAUCUUGAGUCUUGGAGUAACUGGAGCCACUGUGCGUCAGUUGGCUUUGGCAUGAAGCCACAGUCCAUUGUUAAAAUUGACUUCAAGACUAACCUCAAAGAAUUUGCUAGCAGCUUUCUUCACUCUCUAUUGUCACAAUGUAAAAUGUGUCUCUGUGACGAUACUUGAAACUGUUUAAAAACAAAAACAAUUUGCAUGAAGUACUAAUUGUUUUGCUAAAAAUGAAACAGGCUGUACAGCUAAUGGAGACCAAGUAGUAAAAUCAAUAUAGUCCAAAUCUUAGAAAAUCCACUAGUUCUCAAAUUUAUUGCUGAUCUGGAAGUAGAGUUGCUCCCAUACACUGAUUGUACCUUCAAGUGUGUUGAGAGUUUAUUCUUUAAGUGUCCUUGCCUGAGCUGUCAGAAGCUUCUUAUUAAUUAUUUUUAUCCACUGAUGUGGCUGCGUGUUGUGGGGACAGGCCUUAGAUCUCCUUAGAGAGCAGAGCAGCAGUGUGUAGUGAGGAGUAAACCAGACGCACACACACUGUAGCCUCAACCCCCAAGAAAAUUUACACUGCUCUUAUCAAAAUUUUCCAUUUCAAAAAGAGAUUUUUAAAAAGGCUUCACUGUAACUGAAACACCAACAUAUCUGACCAUGCAGAGUAAAUGUCUUUCAUUACAGUAGUCAACAGUGGAUAUUAUUCAUACUUUUUAUGUGUAUAAAAAGGGUCAACAUAUGCAAAAAUUAUUUUAACUGAAACUCUUAAACACUAAUUGAAUCUGUAAAUACAUAUUUAUAUUUUCUGUGUUAAUAAAACCUUGAAACAUUAAAAA